AUGGCAAUUCUAUCUAAGCAUGUUCAUACAUCAUUGCCCCAAAUUCCACAAUCUUGCAGCAAAUCUUCAAAUUGGAUUGCUAUGGAAGAAAGUGAGUUUCUUGAAUGCUGUGGAAGCAUCAAAUUCGCUAAAGAAAUGGCUUCUGCCUCUCCUUUCUCCUCGUUGCAACACGCACUCGAUGUUGCCUCUGAGGAGAUAUAUGCAUUGAGCGAGCAUGUAGUAUCUGGUAAGAUGAGUGUUAAAAAGAAGCCGGCAUGUGAUGAUGAUGAGCCCUUUGCUUCGAGAAUUGAUUCCGUUCCAAUGCCGUCGGAAAAUGACACUAACGAGGAUUCAAGAAGAAUUACAGAGUUGCUAAAGGAUGGGAAUUGUAAAUUAUGUCCUGGGUGCGCAAAAUAUACCAAGUUAUCAUUUGUUGUUGAGUUGUAUCAUAUCAAAGUGUUGUGCGGUGCUACUGAUAAGACAUUCUCCAUGAUAGUCGAUCUUCUCAACAAUGCUUUUUCCCAUGCUAACUUGCCCACUUCAUUUUAUGAAGCCAAAAAAAUGAUUAAAUUGUUAGUUGAAGAGAACACCAUCAGCAAUACGGAAGUUGUGGGAACGAGUCAAGAUCAAAAGAAAAAGAUACCAGCAAAGAUGUUGAGGUACUUUCCUAUUACUCCUAGGUUAAGAAGGUUAUACAUGUCCUCCAAGACAGCAAGACUAAUGCGCUGGCAUUCGGAGUUUCCUAACUCAGAUGGAAAGUUAAAGCAUCCUAGAGAUAGCAAGGCAUGGAAAGAUUUUGAUUUAUUACAUCCAGAAUUUGCUAAAGAUCCUCGUAACAUAAGGCUCGCUUUAGCAACCGAUGGCUUCAAUCCAUUCGGGACUCUCAGUUCAAACAUUAGCAUUUGGCCAGUGAUGCUAUAUAUAUACAACUAUCCUCCACGGUAUUGUAUGAAGCAAACUUCUCUUAUAAUGUCUAUGAUAAUUCCUGGUCCAAAGAUGCCUGGAAAUAAUAUUGAUAUUUUUUUGCAACCACUUAUUUGUGAGUUGAACGAAUUAUGGAAAGGUGUUGAUGUCUACGAUUCUAUUGAUGGUAACAAUUUUCGUAUGCAUGCUGCAUUAUUUUGGACUAUUAGUGAUUUUCCAGGUCUUGAUAAUAUGUCUGGGUGGAAUACACAUACGAACCUCGCUUGUCCAUCAUGUAACUUCGAUACAGUCUUCAGAAGGUUGAAGUUUGGCAUGAAGUAUUGCUUUAUGGGACAUCAUCGAUGGUUACCCGAUGAUCACGAGUAUAGGCACAAUAAACACUCUUUUGAUGGCCAUACAGAACUAAGAGGCCCACCUCCGACGUUAUCAGGAAGAAGGUUUUUGUCCCAAAUUGAGAGUAGUCGAAAAAGACCUCAAGAUGCAGUCAACGAUGGCAACAUCCCACUACAAUGGAAAAAAAGAAGUAUUUUCUGGGAUUUACCAUAUUGGAAGGAUAAUCUUGUUCGUUAUUGUCUUGACAUGAUGCACAUAGAGAAAAAUGUGUGUGAUAAUGUGCUUUUUACUAUACUUGAUGAUAAACAAAGAACUAAAGACAACUUGCAAGCUCGUAAGGACUUGCAGUUGAUGGGAAUUAGAGAACAACUCCAUCCAUAUCCUAAUUCUUCCAAGUACCCUGCCUCGUGCUUUAGAAUGAAAAAUGUUGACAAGGAUAUUUUUUUAGGUGUUCUAAAGAGUGUCUCUUUUCUAGAUGGUUACUCUUCAAAUAUUUCUAGAUGUGUUGAUAUUAAAAAACGAAAGGUAAGCGGUCUAAAGAGCCAUGAUUCACACAUUCUUCUAGAACAUAUCUUGCCAAUUGCACUUAGAAGAUCCUUGCCGAAGGAGGUUAUAUCCGUUCUUAUCGAGCUGUGCAACUAUUUUAGAGAAGUCUCAGGCAAAUCAUUAUCACUAAAGAAUUUAGAAAGACUACAACAGCGAAUUGUUUUGACGCUUUGUCACAUGGAAAUGAUAUUUCCUCCAACAUUUUUCACUAUUAUGGUUCAUCUAGUUAUUCAUCUGGUAGAGGAAGCAAUGAUUGCAGGUCCAGUGCAGUAUAGAUGGAUGUAUCCUAUUGAAAGGGCCCUGGGACAUUUAAAAUCUUAUGUCCGUAACAAGGCUGCACCAGAAGGGUGCAUAGCUGAAGGUUACAUAAUAGAGGAAUGUCUAACUUUCUGCUCUAGAUAUUUGGAGGAUGGCAAUAUUGAGACAAGGUUCAACCGACCAAGGCGCAACGAUGACCAAAAUGAAAACACUUGUAGUAGUUGCUCUACUGUCUUAUCUAAGAUUUUUCCAGCCUUAGGAAUAUCUCGUGGAGCUCAUAAGAUUUGUUCGUUAACACCAACAGAGAAAUUACAGGCCCAUCGUUAUGUGUUGACAAAUUGUUCACUGGUUGCAAAAAACAAUGAUCCAGAUAUUACUCCCGAAAUCAAGUGGCUUGCAGAAGGGCCUAAUGAUAUUGUGAAGAGGUUUGAGGAGUUUAAUAUUCAUGGGUUCAAGUUUCGUACAAUGAAGAAAGAUCAAGGCCUUAAAACACAAAAUAGUGGUGUGGUUAUGUCUGCUAUUACUAAUAGUGUUUCAAAUGGCAGGAACCCUAUUAUAGUAGCAAGCGACAAUACAUACUAUGGUAAAGUGGUAGAUAUGAUAGAGUUAGACUACUUUGGCAAGCUGAGGGUUGUGUUGUUCAAAUGUAUUUGGGUUGAUACCACACUUAACAAGGGAAUCAAGAUAGAUCAAUUUGGGAUCACAAGUGUAAAUUUUUCUAACUUGAUACACACCGGUGAUAAUGAAACAGAUGAACCAUUUAUUCUUGCAACAGAUGCAAGAAUGGUUUACUAUAUUGAUGAUCCAGUUGAUGAAGGUUGGUGUUCUGUUUGUCAUAUGAAACCCAGAGAUUUAUUUGAUAUGGGAGAUUUGAAUGAGGAGGAAUUAGAUGAAUCUUUGGUGGAAGACAUACCAUUUUGUGAGCAACAAGUAGAGAAUCUUAAAGAGUUUCAAUUGACGAGGGACGAGAUUGAUGAAGCAGAUCAGGAUGAAAUGCAUGUUGACGAAAAUGAUGAUAAUGACUGCGAUGAUGAUGAUGAAAUAGAUAUUUAG